ACAGUGCGGGCUCAUCGACACUGUGAGUAGGCCUGUGUUUGAUUUUCAGACCUCAUAUAUCUGCAGCAGGGCAGGAUGCUUGCUUUUCAUUCUAAUCUGAUAUGCGCCGUGAGGUUUGGACGUAGGCACCUAUCUUGAUGGAAAAAAGGAAGCUGUCAGACAAAAUGAAAAAAGUUGGACUUAUUGGAGUGCUGCUGUUACCCCAGGCAAAGUCGUCAUCAGGGUGUCAUCCUCAUGUUAAUCUUGUCAGAGAGGAGGAAAAGUGCAUGACAGAUCUUUUAAAGUCACACAGAGCAACAGAAAACAAUAUCAGUGUGCACUGUAAGGGAAUGUGGGAUGACCUGAACUGCUGGCCACCUGCAUCUCUUGGAGAAACUGUCUCUCAGCCAUGUCCAGACUUUUUCAAUUCAGAAGGUAAAGUGCACCGCAACUGCACCGCCAGUGGCUGGACAGACCCGCUCGUCCCACAUGAAGAUGCAUGCGGCUACACUUUCAAUGAGACGCUCCACUUCCUUGGAGAGUCCUCAGAUUCCCAUUUGUAUUUCUCCUACGUGAAAACCAUGUACACAGCUGGGUACACCCUCUCUCUCAUCUCCCUCACCAUCGCCGUCACCAUAUUCUGUCUGUUUAGAAAGCUGCACUGUACCAGGAACCACAUUCACAUCCAGCUGUUUAUCUCCUUCAUCCUGAGAGCCAUCUUCAUCUUCAUCCGAGAUGCUCUGCUAUUCACUAAUGAAGAGAUCUACCACUGUGACUACUACCCGGUGGCAUGUAAAGUUGUGCUGAUGUUUUCCAACUACUCCAUCCUGGCAAACUACAGCUGGCUGCUGGCAGAGGGUCACUUCCUCUUCACGCUGGUGAGCCGCUCCUUCUUCUCCCUAAAGAAACACCUGGCCUGGUACAUCGUCCUAAGUUGGGGUUUACCUCUGAUUGUUAUUAUCUCCUGGGGAUGUGCCAAGUACUUUUACGAAGAUGAAGGCUGUUGGGAGACCAGGAGACAUGAAUGGAUUUGGUGGAUACUUCGAGUGCCAGUUCUUCUGACUAUAUCUAUGAACCUCAUCUUUUUCUUGGGCAUUUUGAGGAUACUGGUGAGCAAACUCAGAAUGCCAGAUGCACAGAGGAAUGAAUUCAGCCAGUACAAGAGGCUGAUCAAAUCUACAUUUUUUCUGGUGGCUCUGUUUGGUCUGCAUUACAUCCUGUUUGUUUUCUUACCUGUUCAAGUCAGCAGCUCAGUGUUUAAGAUAUGGACCUUUGCAGAGCUGGCUCUGUCUUCCACACAGGGUUUUGUGGUUGCUGUGCUCUACUGCUUCAUGAACGGAGAGGUGCAGCAUGAGUUUCAGAGGAGGUGGAGGAGGUGGAGGCUGACUCAGCACCUGCCCAGUCGGCGUAGGCAGCAUCACAGCUCCAUCAGCCACAGCGGGUCUCCCCACACACAGGUCUCCCUGCUGCCCUGCUCCCCAGGCAAUCCGACAACAGGCGGACUCCCUAUGGAUACUGUGGCGAUGUGAUUCAAGUUGGUAUUGUCUCAUUUUCUCGCUCCCCUCCUCCAUCGGAACACAGUGGAUCCUGGCUUUAGUGCUGGCAGCCAAUUAGUACACAACAGUAGCUUGAGUGUUUCUUCCUGUGGUACUGUCAAGAGUUUAUUUUACUAAUCCCUGGAGUGUUUUUAUUAGAUGACAUAAGGAUGUAAUGUGCACUGUAGAGGCCCAGCUGCCAGGCUUACUUGCUUGUAGUAAUGUCUUAAAUUGGCGUGGCAAUGAUUUGUUAUGUUCAAAUGUCACAGAUAUAAGUUGUAUUGAACAUUUAAACACCAAUUUAAAUGUUCAGUUGUUUGGAACUGCCCCCAUUGUGAAAACUCCAAAAACACUUGAUCCUACAUUUCCCAUAAUGCAACUCAACAUCAUUUUAUGAACCCUGGUAAAUGCCUUUAAAAUGUAGUGGCCCCAAUUUAAAAUGCAGGGUUUCUGUUAAAAAAACCAUCACCAGGGCUGUUUUUCCAAUUUUACUGAUUACCUUCACAGCCACAGAAGAUACUGAACAACUAAGCACUACACUUCAGCGCUACUAUUGUCAUUUUCAGGCCUAAAAUUGGUGAAAUUCCUCUUUAAACAGUAAAGGUUAUCAUAAAAAUACCUUUUUGUAUCCAACCUCUGUGAAAAAGAAUUUAUCUCUCUUCCGUAAAACUUCAAUUAAAGGCCUAGUCCUAGUAAAACGCCCAGUCCUUUUUACUAGCCUGGUGUAGCUACACAUUUUGACAAAUAAAGGCCUGUCUCAAUUAGAAGCCUGGUCUGGUUAGCAGUUCAUAUUUAUAGGUUUAAAUAAACAAUUUAUUUGACUGUAUUCCCAUCUUUGCUGAGCAACAGGAAUUAAAGGCCUGUUGAGUUCAGUGAUUUAAGCAAAUAAUAGCCCGGGCUACUAAUUUAAGUUUUACGGCAUCUAUGUGUGAAAUUCCUCUAUGAACUCAGUAAAACCGAAAUGUACAGUUAGCUAAAACUUCAGCGCUUCAAGUUAAGUUUAAUGGUCAGUUUUUGUGGAACUUGAUUGGUUUUGGAGCCUGUAGUUCGUGGUGCUGUUGUACUGCAUCAUACUGAUGAUUGAAGGUGUGUUUGUCAUUUAUAUUUAUACCUUGUUGGAUGUUUAGCCUGCUGGAACAAGCCAAGUCCAAGGCCAAAGGAAAAGUCUUUUGAAGUCCAGUCAUGUAUACAGAUUGUCUUUAUUCACAAUGAUUUAUGUGAAAGUGUACAUUGUAGUUGCACUUUACAGAACAGUUAAACACUUUAGGAGACACAUUUAUUUGCUUUUUUGAGGAGAGUUGUGAGGUCAAUAUGAAUCUAGAGCCUGCAGGAGAUUUGUUCAGCUCAGCACACAGGGUGGAGGCAGAAGGAAACAGGUGUUUUACCUUGACAGGCUGCAUGUUUC